UAGGAAAUUUCUCCUCUUCUCUCCAUGGAGGCUAUGGCAUUUGUUACUGAAGAGAGGAAGCUUACCCAAGAAACCACUUAUCCAAAUACUUAUAUUUUUGACUUGUUUGGAGGAGUUGACCUCCUUGUAGAAAUUCUUAUGAGGCCUACAAUCUCUAUCCGAGGUCAGAAAUUGAAAAUAAGUGAUGAAAUGUCCAAGGACUGUUUGAGCAUCCUGUAUAAUACCUGUGUCUGUACUGAAGGAGUAACAAAGCGUUUGGCAGAAAAGAAUGACUUUGUGAUCUUCCUGUUUACACUGAUGACAAGUAAGAAGACGUUCUUACAAACAGCAACCCUUAUUGAAGAUAUUUUGGGUGUUAAAAAGGAAAUGAUCCGUCUAGAUGAAGUCCCCAAUUUGAGUUCCUUAGUAUCCAAUUUUGAUCAGCAACAGCUUGCUAAUUUCUGCCGGAUUCUGGCUGUCACGAUUUCAGAGAUGGAUACUGGCAAUGAUGACAAGCAUACACUUCUUGCCAAAAAUGCUCAGCAGAAGAAGAGCUUGAGCUUGGGACCUUCUGCAGCUGAAAUCAACCAAGCGGCCCUUCUCAGCAUCCCUGGCUUUGUUGAGAGGCUUUGCAAACUGGCAACUCGAAAGGUGUCAGAGUCAACGGGCACAGCCAGCUUCCUUCAGGAACUGGAGGAGUGGUACACAUGGCUAGACAAUGCUUUGGUGCUAGAUGCCCUGAUGCGAGUGGCUAAUGAGGAAUCCGAGCACAAUCAAGCCUCCAUUGUGUUCCAUCCUCCAGGGGCUUCUGAGGAGAAUGGCCUGCCUCACACUGCAACUAGGACUCAGCUGCCCCAGUCAAUGAAGAUUAUGCAUGAGAUCAUGUACAAACUGGAAGUGCUGUAUGUUCUCUGUGUGCUACUGAUGGGGCGUCAGCGAAACCAGGUUCACAGAAUGAUCGCAGAGUUCAAAUUGAUUCCUGGACUCAAUAAUUUGUUUGACAAGUUGAUUUGGAGGAAGCAUUCAGCGUCUACCCUUGUCCUCCAUGGUCACAACCAGAACUGUGACUGUAGCCCGGACAUCACCUUGAAGAUUCAGUUUUUGAGGCUUCUCCAGAGUUUCAGCGACCACCACGAGAACAAGUACCUGCUGCUCAACAACCAGGAGCUGAAUGAGCUCAGUGCCAUCUCUCUCAAGGCCAAUAUCCCUGAAGUAGAAGCUGUCCUUAAUACUGACAGGAGUUUGGUCUGUGAUGGGAAAAGGGGCUUAUUAACUCGUCUGCUACAGGUCAUGAAGAAGGAGCCAGCCGAGUCAUCAUUCAGGUUUUGGCAAGCCCGGGCUGUGGAGAGUUUCCUCCGAGGGACCACCUCCUAUGCAGACCAGAUGUUCCUGCUGAAGCGAGGCCUUCUGGAGCACAUCCUGUACUGCAUCGUGGACAGCGAGUGCAAGUCAAGGGAUGUGCUCCAGAGUUACUUUGAUCUCCUGGGAGAGCUGAUGAAAUUCAAUGUGGAUGCAUUCAAGAGAUUUAAUAAAUAUAUCAACACUGAUGCAAAGUUCCAGGUGUUCCUGAAACAGAUCAACAGCUCGCUGGUGGACUCCAACAUGCUGGUGCGCUGCGUCACUCUGUCCCUGGACCGGUUUGAAAGCCAGGUGGACAUGAAAGUGGCUGAGGUCCUGUCCGAGUGCCGCCUCCUUGCCUACAUAUCCCAGGUGCCCACACAGAUGUCCUUCCUCUUCCGCCUCAUCAACAUCAUCCACGUGCAGACGCUGACCCAGGAGAAUGUCAGCUGCCUCAACACCAGCCUGGUGAUCCUGAUGCUGGCCCGACGGAAAGAGCGGCUGCCCCUGUACCUGCGGCUGCUGCAGCGGAUGGAGCACAGCAAGAAGUACCCCGGCUUCCUGCUCAACAACUUCCACAACCUGCUGCGCUUUUGGCAGCAACAUUACCUGCACAAGGACAAGGAUAGCACCUGCCUGGAGAAUAGCUCCUGCAUCAGCUUCUCAUACUGGAAAGAGACUGUGUCCAUCCUGUUGAACCCAGACCGCCAGUCACCCUCUGCUCUUGUCAGCUACAUUGAGGAGCCCUACAUGGACAUAGACAGGGACUUCACUGAGGAGUGACCUUGGGCAUGGCCUCAGGAGGCUGCUGGGCCAGGGCGGGUGAGCGUGGGUAUGCUGCCACACAUCUGGCCCUGUCUCCGCCUUCCACUGCCUCCCUGCUGCUCUCGGCCUGUGCUAGGUCUUCAAGGACAGGCUUGGCAGGAGGGAGCAUCUAGAAUCCCUUGGCCCCUGGAUCUGAGGGCCCCAGGUCAUUGGGAACCUUAGUUCCUUCAAGAUGAGGAUGGGGCACUAUGCCCACCCUUCCUUCAGAAUCCUGGAUCUUGGCCCGUCCAGAGGUAAGGGGAUUUUUAAAAAUAGCUCUGUAUGAGCCCCUGCCCAGUCUCUUGGUUGUCAGUCCUGGGUUGGGGAGAGGUAUAUGGGCCCCUCCCCCAUUUUGUGAGCCAAGCUUGCCCUGGCCUUUGGACCCAGAGAGGCUUCUGAGCCCCUGGGCAGGAGUGGGGGAUACCAGAGAAUGCUACCUUCCCCCAAGCCUGCCCAUUGGCCCCUCCACCCCCCAUUUCAUCUGGUUCUGUUUGCUCAUUGGCUGCUGUGGUCUCCCCAGGGGGUUCCCCAGAAAUACAGAACCUUUCCCUUCCAUCCUUGGGGCUUGGGGUGGCUGUGCCUGUCCCGGGUCAGCGUCGUCUCCUGCCUGAGUCCAGAUACCCAGGCUGGGAGCACACCCUUGGCCUCUCCUUGUGUUGCCAGUUCAUUAACAACAAAUAAACCAAUUAAAUGGAGGCUAUUAAAAAGAACUUUAUUUUAAA